UAUAAGGCAGGCGCGGGGGCGGCGCGUCAGUUGCUUCAGCGUCCUGGUGUUGCUGUGCCGUUGGUCCUGUGCGGUCACUUAGCCAAGAAAUAUUUGGAGGGCGCGAUGGAAUCUCGUGUUGCCUCUGUAGACGUCCUGCAAGGUUUUAAACCGGCGCGGUGUCGUUCCAGAUGCCUGAGGAAACCCAGACCCAAGACCAACCGAUGGAGGAGGAGGAGGUUGAGACUUUCGCCUUUCAGGCAGAAAUUGCCCAGUUGAUGUCAUUGAUCAUCAAUACUUUCUACUCGAACAAAGAGAUCUUUCUGAGAGAGCUCAUUUCAAAUUCAUCAGAUGCGUUGGACAAAAUCCGGUAUGAAAGCUUGACAGAUCCCAGUAAAUUAGACUCUGGGAAAGAGCUGCAUAUUAACCUUAUACCGAACAAACAAGAUCGAACCCUCACUAUUGUGGAUACUGGAAUUGGAAUGACCAAGGCUGACUUGAUCAAUAACCUUGGUACUAUCGCCAAGUCUGGGACCAAAGCGUUCAUGGAAGCUUUGCAGGCUGGUGCAGAUAUCUCUAUGAUUGGCCAGUUCGGUGUUGGUUUUUAUUCUGCUUAUUUGGUUGCUGAGAAAGUAACUGUGAUCACCAAACAUAAUGAUGAUGAGCAGUACGCUUGGGAGUCCUCAGCAGGGGGAUCAUUCACAGUGAGGACAGACACAGGUGAACCUAUGGGUCGUGGAACAAAAGUUAUCCUACACCUGAAAGAAGACCAAACUGAGUACUUGGAGGAACGAAGAAUAAAGGAGAUUGUGAAGAAACAUUCUCAGUUUAUUGGAUAUCCCAUUACUCUUUUUGUGGAGAAGGAACGUGAUAAAGAAGUCAGCGAUGAUGAGGCUGAAGAAAAGGAAGACAAAGAAGAAGAAAAAGAAAAAGAAGAGAAAGAGUCGGAAGACAAACCUGAAAUUGAAGAUGUUGGUUCUGAUGAGGAAGAAGAAGAAAAGAAGGAUGGUGACAAGAAGAAGAAGAAGAAGAUUAAGGAAAAGUACAUCGAUCAAGAAGAGCUCAACAAAACAAAGCCCAUCUGGACCAGAAAUCCCGACGAUAUUACUAAUGAGGAGUACGGAGAAUUCUAUAAGAGCUUGACCAAUGACUGGGAAGAUCACUUGGCAGUGAAGCAUUUUUCAGUUGAAGGACAGUUGGAAUUCAGAGCCCUUCUAUUUGUCCCACGACGUGCUCCUUUUGAUCUGUUUGAAAACAGAAAGAAAAAGAACAACAUCAAAUUGUAUGUACGCAGAGUUUUCAUCAUGGAUAACUGUGAGGAGCUAAUCCCUGAAUAUCUGAACUUCAUUAGAGGGGUGGUAGACUCGGAGGACCUCCCUCUAAACAUUUCCCGUGAGAUGUUGCAACAAAGCAAAAUUUUGAAAGUUAUCAGGAAGAAUUUGGUCAAAAAAUGCUUAGAACUUUUUACUGAACUGGCGGAAGAUAAAGAGAACUACAAGAAAUUCUAUGAGCAGUUCUCUAAAAACAUAAAGCUUGGAAUACACGAAGACUCUCAAAAUCGGAAGAAGCUUUCAGAGCUGUUAAGGUACUACACAUCUGCCUCUGGUGAUGAGAUGGUUUCUCUCAAGGACUACUGCACCAGAAUGAAGGAGAACCAGAAACAUAUCUAUUAUAUCACAGGUGAGACCAAGGACCAGGUAGCUAACUCAGCCUUUGUGGAACGUCUUCGGAAACACGGCUUAGAAGUGAUCUAUAUGAUUGAGCCCAUUGAUGAGUACUGUGUCCAACAGCUGAAGGAAUUUGAGGGGAAGACUUUAGUGUCAGUCACCAAAGAAGGCCUGGAACUUCCAGAGGAUGAAGAAGAGAAAAAGAAACAGGAAGAGAAAAAAACAAAGUUUGAGAACCUCUGCAAAAUCAUGAAAGACAUACUGGAGAAAAAAGUUGAAAAGGUGGUUGUGUCAAACCGAUUGGUGACAUCUCCAUGCUGUAUUGUCACAAGCACAUAUGGCUGGACAGCAAACAUGGAGAGAAUCAUGAAAGCUCAAGCCCUAAGAGACAACUCAACAAUGGGUUACAUGGCAGCAAAGAAACACCUGGAGAUAAACCCUGACCAUUCCAUUAUUGAGACCUUAAGGCAAAAGGCAGAGGCUGAUAAGAACGACAAGUCUGUGAAGGAUCUGGUCAUCUUGCUUUAUGAAACUGCGCUCCUGUCUUCUGGCUUCAGUCUGGAAGAUCCCCAGACACAUGCUAACAGGAUCUACAGGAUGAUCAAACUUGGUCUGGGUAUUGAUGAAGAUGACCCUACUGCUGAUGAUACCAGUGCUGCUGUAACUGAAGAAAUGCCACCCCUUGAAGGAGAUGACGACACAUCACGCAUGGAAGAAGUAGACUAACCUCUGGCUGAGGGAUGACUUACCUGUUCAGUACUCUACAAUUCCUCCGAUAAUAUAUUUUCAAGGAUGUUUUUCUUUAUUUUUGUUAAUAUUAAAAAGUCUGUAUGGCAUGACAACAACUACUUUAAGGGGAAGAUAAGAUUUCUGUCUACUAAGUGAUGCUGUGAUACCUUAGGCACUAAAGCAGAGCUAGUAAUGCUUUUUGAGUUUCAUGUUGGUUUAUUUUCACAGAUUGGGGUAACGUGCACUGUAAGAUGUAUGUAACAUGAUGUUAACUUUGUGGUCUAAAGUGUUUAGCUGUCAAGCCGGAUUCCUAAGUAGACCAAAUCUUGUUAUUGAAGUGUUCCUGAGCUGUAUCUUGAUGUUUAGAAAAGUAUUCGUUACAUCUUGUAGGAUCUACUUUUUGAACUUUUCAUCCCCUGUAGUUGACAAUUCUGCAUGUACUAGUCCUCUAGAAAUAGGUUAAACUGAAGCAACUUGAUGGAAGGAUCUCUCCGCAGGGCUUGUUUUCCAAAGAGAAGUAUUGUUCGGAGGAGCAAAGUUAAAAGCCUACCUAAGCAUAUCGUAAAGCUGUUCAAAAAUAACUCAGACCCAGUCUUGUGGAUGGAAAUGUAGUGCUCGAGUCACAUUCUGCUUAAAGUUGUAACAAAUACAGAUGAGUUAAAAGA